UUUGUUUACUUACUCUCAUCCUGCGCGCGCAGGGAACUGACCCACGACAAGACGAGCAAAACCAAAUAUUCUCUCUUCAGUGGCAUUUUCCCGGAUCAGUCCAGUCCAUAAACACGCUCUAGCAGCAGCGAUCAGAUUUGAGACUCAUGCUGAAGCUUCUCGUUUAGCCUCCGGAAGUGUCACUCGCUGCUGGAGCGCGCUGCAGUGCAACAACUUUUUUUGCGUGUAGUAACGUGCAGUACGCAGGCGCGACUGUAUGCCGUCACGUGAUGACGCUUUGAGCGCGCUCGGCGGAAACGGAAACGGCCAAGAAGAGCCAACAUGGCGGACAGGCUAACGCAGCUUCAGGAUGCUGUUAACUCCCUGGCUGAUCAGUUCUGUAAUGCGAUUGGAGUUCUGCAGCAGUGCGCACCACCUGCCUCCUUCAGCAACAUCCAGACUGCCAUCAACAAAGAUCAGCCCUCCAACCCCACAGAAGAAUACGCUCAGCUGUUUGCAGCACUGAUAGCAAGAACAGCAAAAGAUGUCGAUGUGCUGAUCGACUCUCUGCCCAGUGAAGAAUCUACUGCCGCACUGCAGGCUGCUAGUCUGAGGCAGCUGGAAGAGGAGAACCAGGAAGCUGCGGCCCGUCUGGAGGAAGUAGUUUACAGAGGAGACAUGCUGCUGGAGAAGAUCCAGUCAGCUCUAGCAGACAUCGCCCAAUCACAGCUGCGCACACGCAGCGGAGCCCCGAGUCAGCCGACACCGCCAGAGUCAUGACAGCGACUGACCCCAACCACACAUGGACUAUAUCGUCUGUACACAGCAGGGAUUUUAUACUCAUCCUUCAUGGAUCGCAGGAGAUCUUGUGUUAAAUGUACAGUUUAUUUCUGGACUGAGGAAUGAUUCUGAUUUCAUUCUGUAAGUGCCCACUGUUUCCCAUCGCAUGUCUUGUUUAUAUGACCUCUGAUGUCGUUUUCAACCUGAUAACCGUAAAUGUUCAGCAUCCAUCAGACAGUCACCAUCCGGGUAAGUUGGUCUUUGUAUAUUUAAGGAUGUUUUUUCAUGCCAGGAUCAUGCGGUGUUCAUUUUAUUUUGAAUAAAAUGUUGUCAUUGUGUUUAACAAUUUAAAAAAGUGCUUGUUAUUCUUUGCAAAUUGAAUCGUGAAGGUUGUUAUUUGUCUCAUGCAAUGCCAUUGUCAAGAGGCUCUGUACUUUUAACAGAUUUAUACACAUAACAGAUCUAGGGUUUAUACACAUAACAGAUCUAAAACCUGAUGGUUUUCUUCCUAUUUUGUUCCUAUCACUUCAUUUAUCCAACUAAAAUGUGAAAACAUGA